ACAGCGGCUGUGGCCGUGGCCGUGGGAGGCGGGCCCGGCGGAGCCCAGCGCGCGGGGACCGCUCCCCCCGCGCGUCCUGGCCGCGUGGCCCGGCCGAGCCCAGAGACCAUCCACCCCCCGGCCGGGCGCCGCCGCGAUGUCGGUGGCGGGGCUGAAGAAGCAGUUCCACAAAGCCAGCCAGCUGUUUAGUGAAAAAAUAAGUGGCGUCGAAGGAACGAAACUAGAUGAUGAAUUUCUUGACAUGGAAAGGAAAAUAGAUGUCACCAAUAAAGCUGUUGCAGAAAUUCUUUCAAAAGCCACAGAAUAUCUUCAGCCAAAUCCAGCAUACAGAGCUAAGCUGGGAAUGCUCAACACUGUAUCGAAGAUCCGAGGGCAGGUGAAAACCACCGGCUACCCCCAGACGGAAGGCUUGCUGGGAGACUGUAUGCUCAAGUAUGGGAAGGAGCUCGGGGAAGCUUCUACCUUUGGCAAUGCAUUGAUAGAAGUUGGCGAAUCCAUGAAGCUCAUGGCUGAGGUGAAAGACUCUCUUGAUAUUAACGUAAAGCAAACUUUCAUUGAUCCACUUCAGUUACUACAAGACAAAGACUUAAAAGAGAUUGGGCACCACCUGAAAAAGCUGGAAGGCCGCCGCCUGGAUUACGAUUAUAAAAAGAAGCGAGUAGGUAAGAUACCAGAUGAAGAAGUCAGACAAGCGGUAGAAAAAUUUGAAGAGUCAAAGGAGUUGGCUGAAAGAAGCAUGUUUAAUUUUUUAGAAAAUGAUGUAGAACAAGUCAGCCAGUUGGCCGUGUUUAUAGAGGCAGCUUUAGAUUAUCACAGACAGUCCACGGAGAUUCUGCAGGAGCUCCACAGCAAGCUGCAGAUACGAAUAUCGGCUGCGUCCAUGCUGCCCAAACGAGAAUACAAGCCACGACCCCUAAAAAGGAGCCCCAGUGAACUCAAUGGGAUGCCCACCACCUCAUCAGCCACCUUGUCAGCCAAGCCGACAGGUUUUAAUGUUCCCCUGGACCAGCCCUGCUGCCGUGGCCUCUAUGACUUUGAGCCAGAAAACCAAGGAGAACUAGGAUUUAAAGAAGGGGACAUCAUUACAUUAACCAAUCAGAUAGAUGAAAACUGGUAUGAAGGAAUGCUACAUGGGGAGUCCGGAUUCUUCCCCAUUAAUUAUGUUGACGUCAUUGUGCCUUUACCUCAGUAAACGUGUAACUCACACUCUGGACAAACUUUCGUAACUGAAAUGAAUUCACACCAGUGUUCUCUCCGUGUGGUGGUAUGUGACAUCCUUGCUCUUUGACCAACUUCAUGACUUUUGUAUGUUGUGUUCCCUUUUUAAUGUAUUUUAUAUCAAGUUAAUUUGUACAAAUGAUUUUCUUGUCGUAGCUACGUGAAAAUAUAGUUUUCCUUUUUGCUUAUUGUCCUAAAAGUCUGUUGGUUAAAUUAAUGGAUGUGCUUCUUAUUGCUAAAAAUAAAUUGCACCCGUUGCAGGUAUGUCAAUGAAUUGUCCACUGCAAAAUUCAAAAUGAAGAAAUGCUGAAUAUUUAGUAUCUUCCCAUGAUUGACGGCAUCUGGUCUUUUCCCUUCGUCGUGUUUUAGCUGACCUGUGAAUAGCGCAAUAAAUAUGACACACCGUAUUGGCAAAAGA